AUGGCUCACGCUCAUAGUAACAGUAAUAAUGACUAUGCAAAUGCUACUGUUACUGCUACUGGUGAUAACCAACAGAAGCUGACAGCAACGUUUCAUGAUUUUCUUGGAACAAAAGGCCAAAAUCCUGCUCCAGCAGCCGGAGGCGGUGGCCGUCCAUCGUCGGAGUUGUCUCCAUCAGCUUCUGCCUCCAUUAAUGCCUCUUCUUGUGGUGGCCGUGGCCCCAUCUCCACCACUUCUGAUUUGGGCUCCGAAAGACAUGUUGGCAGUCAUUUGGAGGGGAUACCAUUUUAUCGAUCAAGAGGCGACUUUACAGGACCCGAUACAAGUAAUAGGUUUGCAGGAACUAAACGAAGUAACUCUGACUCUUUUAUGGUGUCAUCAAAAGAGAUAUUUCCACAAGUGCGACCAGAAUCACUUGAGAGCUCACAUUUGAUGAAGCUACUGCGACAUAGCGGGGGAGAGCGACCUAGGUGGCCACAUGAUGAGGAAACAUCCUUUGCUAUGCAUCAAAUGAGACCAAUUUCGGCCUCUCUUAUAUCUCAAUCUUCUAGUGGCGGUAACUCCAAAUGGGAUCGAGCUAUUCCAAUGAGUCUUGGGCCGACAUUACCGUAUCCUCCACGUGCCGGUCAAGUUGUACCCUUUGGGCACCAAACACCAUCAAAUAGGUUUAAAGAUACGAAUCCUGGUCCUUCUGCCAUAUCUAGAACAGCUGCUGAUGAAGGAUCUAGGACUGGAAUUAAAGGGUCUGGAAUUUUGAGUUCUAUCAAUGCAACUGGAGGUGUUUCUGAGAGACAACCUUCAGGAGUGCUCAUACGUACUGAUAAACAGAAGUCCGCUGUUUACAUUCCUGAGCCAGAAUCGUCUGCUGCUACACCCAGUCAACACAGAAUAGAAUCAGCCAGUCGCCAAAUGACUAUAUUUUAUGGUGGUCAAGCCCAUGUUUUUGACAAAGUCCACCCUAACAAGGCAGAUGUUAUAAUGGCCUUAGCUGGAUCGAACGGAGGAUCUUGGUCAACAACUUACACUCCAAAAUCUGCAUCAGGGCCUCCGACUGGAGAUAAUUGUAUACCUAGCGAUGCAGGCAUCGCUAUACCAAGGGAGUUGCAUGAGGGCACAUCAGAUGGAGGGAAAUCCCACCAUGGUUUUGGCUCUGGCAGUCGUCCGGGGGGUAUCAUAACAAAAGAAUCAAAAAGUGGGGGAGCAUCCGAGGUCAAUGCUGGAGGUAAAGGCGAGGCGUAA